CCGUAGAUUCUGCGAGAUAUGAGCGUUGCGCUCCGUUAAGACAUUUUCUCAACCGAGUGCAAAGUUUUAGUCGUCUGGGCCCGUUGCUUCGGCGUCACACCUCAUACCGGAAAGGGAAAACAUUUGAAACCGAAACCGCAUAUUCCGCAGUCUAAUAAAGGCGCAGCCAAAGGAAAACAUUCCGCCAAAACUUUGCGGGAUAUUUUGUUAUGUGUGCGUACUGCUACUGUGUACAGAAUCUAGACUAUUCCACUCCACUGCACUUUCCUGUGCCAACAGAAUUGUAUUAGUUCGCGUUCACCGAAUAAUUUAUCCCCGAGAGCUUUCGAAAGGACGAUGAGAUCGACUUUUACAAGUCAAAUCAACAUUUCUACCAACGAGUCUAUCUCUCAUUUGUGAGCGGGUUUUGAGAAGUGGAGCUCCGAGUUUCGAUGCCGGUUACCAUGGGGAUUCUGUUUCUCCUUUUGUUGUUACACGCAACGUUGACGUCGGCGGGAGGACCACCGACAAACCCGUUGGAUCGGCAGUCGUACGCUAAUGGCAACCUAGAGCAGGUGCCCGUCUUGGACCAUCCCGAAAGCACCAGCAUCCGGCAAAGUGAACGGCACUUUUGGCACUGGUUACAUAAGCAACAUAGGCAAUCAGAACUCCGCCACAAAGCAGAGAGAAGUAGCCGAUCCAGGCGGUGGAAGGAAGUUGCCAACGGAGAAGACGAAACCAACCAUCAUCCAGUCAUGCUGGAAAAAGAUGAUUUAUCCCAGCCGCAGCUGGACCCAGAAAACAGUUCGGUUCACGAAGAAGAAAAUCACGGAGGUGAACAUAAUGGAAUUCAUGUGGCCAGUUGGCGAUGGGACGAAAUCGGAAUUUACAUCACGUUCACCACUUUUAUCAUCGUGGCCGGUUUGGCCAAAGUGGCUUUUCAUCACGCGCACGUCAUCUCAUCAAGAAUCCCUGAGUCAUGCUUGCUGAUUCUGCUCGGGACAGCUGUCGGCGGAAUUCUAUAUGCUGCCGGAGUUGGAUUAUGCGAAGGAGUGAGGGGCGCCACUCGCAUUCCAGGUUGCACCCAUCCGGACCGCGACGACAGUUUUCGGUUCCCGACUUUCACGCCGGAACUCUUCUUCUUGAUUCUUCUUCCACCUAUCAUUCUGGAGUCGUCCUAUUCGCUGUACGACCGAGCCUUUGCUGACAAUAUUGGAACUGUCCUCUUCUACGCGGUGAUUGGGACCAUCUUCAACACCUUCCUCAUUGGAUUCUCGCUGCUGGGCUUGGUGACGAUUGGCUGGAUCGGAACUGUCCGCAUUCCCGACGACAACAAUGUGGAGUGGUGGCUGGGUCCGUUUUACACGCUGCAAGCCACGGACUGCUUGGUGUUCUCCUCUCUCAUUUCGGCCGUUGAUCCCGUCGCCGUUCUGGCCAUCUUUCAAGAAGUUGGCAUCAACAAAGAUCUUUAUUUCCUCGUCUUUGGCGAGUCCCUUCUCAACGAUGCUGUGACGGUCGUCCUCUAUUCGAUGAUGGUCGUCUUCGCCCAAAUGGAAGGCAACGUCAGUGGAGGACAGUACGCCCUGGGUAUUGUUUCAUUCUUCACCAUCAGCCUGGGCGGCCUCGGCAUCGGAAUUCUCUGCGGACUGCUGACAGCGCUCAUCACUCGCACCACGUCCGAAGUUCGAGUCGUUGAGCCGUUGGCGGUACUUGGAAUGGCCUACUUUUCCUACCUUUGCGCAGAGCUCUUUCAUUUUUCCGGAAUCAUCAGCUGCAUUGGUUGUGGCCUUGUCCAAGCCCACUACGCCUUUGCGAAUGUUUCGCACAAGUCCUACACGACCGUCAAGUACUUCAUCAAAAUGCUGAGUUCCACCAGUGACGCCAUCAUUUUCCUGUUUUUGGGCAUGGUCCUGGUCAAUGACGUCCACGAGUGGCACACCGGCUUCGUCCUUUGGACACUCUUCUUGUGCCUCGUCGUCCGAUUUCUGGGGGUUUUUAUCUUGACGGCCAUCGCCAAUCGAUUCCGGCUCAAGCCAGUCAACUUGCAAGAGCAAUUUAUCAUGGCUUACGGAGGAUUGCGAGGAGCUGUCAGCUUCUCGCUGGUGGAGAUGCUUUUGCCCAGUGUCAUCCACCCUCGUCAGAUGUUUGUCACGACCACGCUGGCUGUUAUUCUCUUCACCGUAUUCAUACAAGGUGGGACCAUCAAGCUAUUUGUCCGGCUUCUACACAUCCAGAAAGAUAGCAAAACAGUUAAAUAUCUAAUGAAUGAAAUGAACGAGACGAUGUUUGAUCACUUGUGCGCCGGAAUCGAGGAGAUUUGCGGCCACCGCGGCAACAAUUUCUUCAGGGAGAAAAUUGAGCAUAUUGACGAGCGUUACCUGAGGCCCGUCUUCACGCGCAGCACGGACAAGAACAGUCUGCAGCGUUUGUUUGAAAAAUUGACUUUGUCGGAACAUGCGGCAAACAUGUACGCUGGGCAAGGGGAACACACGGGUUUCACUCCCGUUGCCAGUUCAGCCAAGAUGGAAGAUCCCGAGCCGGAGCCGGAGCUAACGACCAAAGAACCAAUAAGUGCUUUGCCGAUUAGGGGCGAUGUAGAAGAUUCGCCAUUGUUGCCCCAGUCGCCAUUGCCCGGGCAAGUGCAGCCGCUAAGCAAAAGAUCUUUUAAAGGUAAAUUUCCCUUGGUGCGACAGCAGAGCGCUCCGCCCGGCAGCAUGCUUCCGACGCGUGCUUCCACUCCGGGGGCUAACAAUCCAGCGCGGACUAACAACGAAAACGUGAUGGCACUGCAUGCCGAGUUCCCUGACGUACAACUGCGCAUUAAGGGCUUCAAGGGAAGGCAAUCGAGACCCAACAGUGGUGAAUCAACCAACAGCGGUAACCUCGAUCCGGAUGCAACGGCUCAGGCCUUCCGCAAAGCUCUUCGCACCACUAGCAGCAAUCAAUACAAACGGGUCUAUCAGAAACACAACCGCAAUCUGAUCGGAGACGACGAUUUGCCGGAAUUCGAAAUGGCUUUACGGCGACGGUUGUCCAGUGUGUCCGGUACCAUGCAGCCCGGAUCACGCUUCCCGCAAACUGUUUCUUCCGUCUUCAAUUCUCCACUGUCCAGUCCAGACUCGCCGUUGUCUCCCAAAUCAACAGCUACCGCCGGUGCUAAUCCAACGUCCAGUUUCGAUAGCGGAACUUAUUUCCCCUUUUCAGUGAAUGGAGAACCUCCUGCGCGACCGCAGGCAGCCAGGCGGGAAAACCGGCGAUCCGUAUCGCCGACAAGGAGUAGCAACGUCCAACAGCAGCCGCCCGAAUAUUCGACGGAAAAUGAACGACCACCCAUCACCGGCGGCACAAGCAAGCGACCGAGACUAGAGGCUAUGAGGCCGUCUGGAUUUGCCCCAUUGCGGGUCAUUGCCGAACGCGAUGGGGAGCACAGCUCUUCCAGUUUGCACAUCCAGGACAUCGAAAAUGGCGAGGAUGCGUUCACACUUGACGCCAGCCACACAAACGGCAGCCGCCCGCCUCGGCUCGGUGCUAGCAAGGAGACCGGAGUGACUAGGUAUUAGAACCGACAACGCCAAUAGAGAAAUUUACUAUAUACAUACAAGUGUGAGAGUAUACUUGUAUCGAGGUAAUUCAUUCGUUUUUCAUUACAGUUUACAUUUUUAUUCUGCACUACUUUGUGGCGGUGGAAAGAACCAUGAAAAGCCGAGACACAGCACACAAUGAAUGUUGGUUAUAAUGCGAAAACUUGGUUAUACCGUUUGUUUUGUUGUAUCAUUUUUUUAUGAGAUGGCGCGAUACCAGGAACAUGCCUCACCACGGUUGUUUGAUUUUUCUCAAUUGUACCAUAGUUGUUGAUUCUUUUCUAGAGAGUGAACGAUUCAAUGAGAUGAGUUCAAAAAUAUAAUAAAAGAGUCGUCUUAUCAA